CCGUCAGAAUGAAAAUUUUCUGGAAUAGGUGAUAUGGCUUUCGACAAAUCCAAAAUUUUCAUCUCAUCACCAAGUUUUGGUAGCCGCAAGUAAAAUCCACCAUUAAGGUGUAAAAAAGAAACAGAAAAAAAGGCACUGUGUUGUUUGUUCCGCUCCUCUCUCCCUUUUGUAAAGCCCUAAUCUUCCCCUGAAUUUAACUUUCUUCUGGGUUGGCUGGCUUCUGCAACAUUUUCUACCAAUAAAGGUAGCAAGUAUACCCAAAGGGUUUCAUGGCAGGUAAUGGCCUGACAUCUCUAGGUCGUGUGAAGCUAACUGAUCUGGCACCUGCUGAAGGCCUUCCAUCAGAUUCUUACAAACUAUCUGUUUCGACUUUGUCACAAUCACUAGCACUCUAUUCUGCUGCCAUCAUUCAGUUUCCAGUGAGUGAUGGGGCUCUUUUGAGGUCGGGUUUAGAUUCGGCUCGCCUCUACUUCCACCAGAAAUCAUCAUACCCAGCUGCAGAUAUGGUUAAUAACAAUGACCCUCGUGACUGGUGCAAGACUUCCGGUUAUAAUGCAGAUCCUCAAUUGUGGCUAGAAACCUAUGAUUACAGACCUGGACUCACUCCUUUAGAGCCCGACAACACAAUGGAAUUUCCUCCAGCAGCUUUACCAGAUAUAUUUUCAUUGCUUGCAAAGGCAGCUCGAGAUAUAUUGGACGCUAUCAGCUUCUAUUUGAACUUGAGGAGCUCACCAUUUACUGAAGUACUUGAUAAUGUUCCCUUAAGAAACCGGGAAAUAUCUUCUUCAGUAUUAUCUGUCUGUUGUCAUGCAAGGCCAUCAUUUCAGGGGACACAACACCAUAGUUUUACGACCCAAGAGGAUGGCCAGUUGGUUAUGUUUUCUGACCAUGAGCAUCAAGUUGACAAAAGCUUGAUAUCUCUUGUCAAGUCAGACAAGGCUGGUCUACACAUAAAGGACUUUCAGGGUCGUUGGGUUCUUGUGGACGAAGAUCUUGGUCCUCAAGAAGCUAUUGUUUACCCUGGACUUGCACUCUAUCAGGCAACUGCAGGAUAUGUUAACCCUGCACUGCAGAGAACGGAGACUGCUAAUGCACAAAGCAACUUGUUUGGGCGAUGUUCUUUGGCUUUUAAACUCAUGCCUAAAUCCAUGACCAAUCUUAGUUGUUCAGAGAUGAGAGCUGCUGGUCAUGGAGUUGAAGCUCAGUUCCAGCUUCCAGUAGCGGUUGAUGACUUUAUGCAGAGAUCUCACCCCACCGAUCAACUCUUUAACAGACACAGUUUCCAAAGUUCCAAUUUCCAUGCAGCACAAGAUGGAUCUAUGAAGCCUUUGUUGAGGAGGAGAAAGAGUGAAAGAACCAAACCUCUGCCACCUUCCAAGAGAUUACGGGUCGAGGCCCAGAGAGUCCUGAAGGAAAGGGUUCAAGACAUUGCAGACAAGAAGGGAAUCAAGCUGAGGUUCUGCAACCUGAAGGAGUGUGAGAAUCACAUGCAGAUACUUGAUAGCCCAUGUGCCAAUAUAAGAACGGAGAUUGGGUGGCCACACGGGGUGCCAUUUGUUCAUCCCCAUGAUCUCCCCAACAAGGCAAAGAUCGGUUUCCUUGAAGCCUAUGAACCUGGUUGGACAGCUACUCAUGAUAUGGAGUUAAGUCUAACUGAACCUGGACAGGCUGGCCAAUCAACACUCGGUUAAUUGUAACUGAAUUGUUUGACUCGACUUGGAUGGCCGAUAACAGUACUUGUAACUUCCAAUACAUGGCAUCCAGAAGCGUGGUCCAACUUCACGCGAUUCUCGUAGGAUGACAAUCGUGAUUCAUACUGCCCAUACUAAGUUUUUGGUUUGUAUAGACGUUUUGAGAAAAGUUGACAAAGCGGACGGCAUGUAUGUGGAACCUUCAUCUGCUACACAUAUCGUGUCGGGAGCAAUAGGAUCGGAAAAGCGCUGAACGAAACAUGGAUAGGAGUGAAUUUUGGAAAGAUAGUCGCACAUUCCAUAUGGUGUAGGUUUUGAUACUGUAAUACUACACUUGUAAUUCGAAUUUCGAAAGCUUUCCAGUGCGAGUUGUAGAUUAAUAAAGAGAGAGCACCUGAUCUUGUUGGCAGAUGUUCCUUUAACCAAUCUUGUACUCUGUUUUAUACAGUGCAACUUAUGUUUCACAGUUAAUAAUACAGACGCCUGAUAGAUUUUCAUGA